AGUCUAUUUUGUACAAUCAGCCGUUCGAUAUCUAUCAUUCGUGAAAUCCACUGUUGGUGGCGUGAUUUUCAACGAUAUUUCGCUGCUUAAAAGGGUAACUUACCUGUUUAAUUAAAUCUUAUGUAUAUUUAUAUAGUCACGUCAUUUUUUCUAUACGUGUCGUUUAUCCCUUUUAAUAAUAAUUUAAAUUCCAGAACUUAUCUCAAAACGAAGAUUCCAGAGUUUUUAGUCCGUCUUCAGACAACGUUUGAUCAUGUCAGCUAAAGCUAUUCGAGAAAAUAUAGGAAAGGAGCUUCUAAAUAAGCAUUUAAAAUGCGAAGCUGCAGCUCCCAGCAUGUGUGCUUCAUUCAAUGAUAAAACAGAAUGGUCACAGCUGACUGCAAAACAUGCUUGGCUAUCAAACACGAAAUUAGUUGUUAAACCAGAUCAACUAAUCAAACGCAGGGGAAAGUUAGGCCUAAUUAAGGUCAACUGUGAUUUGGGUGAAUGCAAGCAAUGGAUCGCGGAGAGAAUAAACAAAGAAACAAAAGUUGGAAAGGCUUGCGGUCGAUUAACGAACUUCAUUAUCGAACCGUUUUGUGCUCAUAAACCAGAAGAUGAAGUCUACGUUUGCGUAUAUAGUCAUAGAAAUGGGGAUAUUAUCUUAUUCCAUCAUGAAGGUGGUGUAGAAAUUGGUGAUGUAGAUGCCAAAGCGUCUAAAUUAGAAGUUCCAAUUGGACAAAAGCCUUCUAGAAAAGACCUCGAACGGCUAGUUUCAAAGGCGAGCAAGGAUAGACAGGGAAUAUUGAUCGAUUUUAUUGAAGCCUUGUACAAGGUUUAUGUGGAUCUCUUCUUUACGUAUUUGGAAAUCAACCCUCUAGUUGUCACUUCUGGAAAAUGCUAUGUUCUCGAUUUGGCUGCAAAAUUAGAUCAGUGCGCCGAAUAUUUGUGCAAGCAGGCUUGGGGAGAGAUCGAUUUUCCACCCCCUUUUGGAAGAGACGCAACCAAAGAGGAAGCGUAUAUCGCCGAUUUGGACGCAAAGAGCGGUGCAUCUUUGAAAUUAACUAUCUUGAAUGCCAAAGGUAGAAUUUGGACAAUGGUUGCUGGAGGUGGAGCUUCGGUUAUUUAUGCGGAUACUGUAUGCGAAUUGGGUGGAGCGUCUGAGUUAGCCAAUUACGGUGAAUAUAGCGGAGCCCCGAGUGAACAGCAAACAUAUGAGUAUGCCAAAACAUUAUUAUCUAUAAUGACCAAAGAAAUAGACGAUCGUGGAAAAGUUUUGAUUAUAGGUGGUGGCAUAGCUAAUUUUACGAAUGUCGCGGCUACUUUUAAAGGAAUUGUCAAAGCUUUGAGAGAAUUUCAAACUCGUUUAAUCAAAGGGAAUAUUUCAAUUUUUGUAAGGCGGGGUGGUCCAAAUUAUCAAGAAGGUUUGCGUGUAAUGACCGAGCUUGGGGAUACAUUGGGUGUACCCAUUCAUGUUUUCGGUCCUGAAACUCAUAUGACAGGAAUAGUGGCCAUGGCACUGGGAAAGAGAGAAAUGCCAAGAAGUAAACCAAAACGUCAAAACACAACUGCCAAUUUCGUUUUGCCAGGGGAGACGUCGACCAAAACCAGCACUACUCAUGACGCGAAUAAGGCUGCUCCAGAGGCAAUUCCGGAAUUGACUCUAUCAGAAAAGCAGCAAAUGUUUUCUACAGAAACGAAAUGCGUUAUCUGGGGUUUACAAUCUAGAGCUGUACAAGGAAUGCUUGACUUUGACUAUUCCUGUCGAAGACGCUCACCCUCUGUUGUUGCUAUGAUUUACCCUUUUACUGGUGACCACAAACAAAAGUUUUAUUGGGGUCACAAGGAAAUUCUGAUUCCAGUUUACAAACAAAUGUCUGAUUGCUUCGCUAAACAUUCCGACGCAGAUGUUCUUGUAUCAUUUGCGUCAUUACGAUCAGCGUAUGAUUCAACUAUAGAAGCAAUGGGCUAUAGUCAAAUCCGAACUAUUGCUAUAAUAGCCGAAGGUAUUCCAGAAAAUCUCACUCGAAAAAUAAAUCAAGAAGCAUUGAAGAAAAAUAUUACUAUUAUUGGUCCAGCUACUGUUGGUGGUAUCAAGCCAGGAUGUUUCAAAAUUGGUAACACAGGAGGAAUGUUAGACAACAUUCUAUCUUCGAAAUUGUACAGACCAGGAAGUAUAGCUUACGUUUCCAGAUCGGGUGGAAUGAGUAAUGAAUUGAACAAUAUUAUCGCCAUGAACGCCGAUGGUGUUUACGAAGGAGUUGCGAUUGGUGGGGAUAGAUACCCAGGAACUACAUUUGUUGAUCAUCUUUUACGAUUCAAUGAAUGUCCCGACGUAAAAAUGCUUGUACUCUUAGGUGAGGUUGGAGGUGUUGAAGAGUAUAAGAUAGUUGAAGCACUUAACAAAAAACAGAUUAAAAAACCCAUUGUUGCUUGGUGUAUUGGAACUUGUGCCAACAUGUUCACGUCUGAAGUUCAAUUUGGUCAUGCUGGAUCUUGUGCUCAAGCAGAGAGAGAAACUGCUGUUUCUAAAAAUAAAGCACUUGCAGAAGCCGGUGCCGUUGUUCCAAGAACUUUCGAUGAACUGGGUGAUUCUAUUAAAUCAACUUUUGAUGAGCUGGUGGCUAAGGGUGAUAUAGUUAUUAAACCGGAAGUUGCUCCACCAACAGUUCCAAUGGAUUAUAACUGGGCAAGAGAAUUAGGCCUAAUACGUAAACCUGCAUCCUUUAUGACGUCGAUCUGUGACGAGAGAGGGCAGGAGUUGUUGUAUGCUGGUGUUCCAAUAACAGAAAUAUUUGAAAAAGAUUUAGGCUUAGGUGGAGUAUUGGGACUCUUGUGGUUUCAGCGACGACUUCCUCCUUAUGCUUGUAAAUUUAUCGAAAUGGUUCUCAUGGUUACUGCAGAUCAUGGACCUGCAGUCUCGGGCGCGCAUAAUACGAUCGUCUGUGCAAGAGCUGGUAAAGACUUGAUAUCGUCUCUUACAUCCGGUCUCUUGACAAUUGGUGAUCGCUUUGGAGGGGCUUUAGAUGAGGCAGCAAAGACUUUUGCUGAAGCAUAUGACACUGGAAAGAUUCCGAUGGAGUUUGUCAACGAAAUGAGGGCAAAGGGUAAACUAAUUAUGGGUAUUGGCCAUCGAGUGAAGUCAAUAAAUAACCCAGACAAACGUGUUGUCAUUCUGAAAGAAUAUGUUAAAAAGCAUUUCCCUGCCACUCCAGUUUUAGAUUAUGCAUGUGAAGUUGAAAAGAUUACAACUUCAAAGAAACCUAAUCUGAUUCUGAAUGUUGACGGUUUCAUCGGAUCUGCUAUGGUUGACCUCCUGCGUCAUUGUGGGGGAUUUACUGCAGAAGAGGCUCAACAGUAUGUAGAUAUUGGAGCACUAAACGGUUUGUUUGUUUUAGGUAGAAGCAUCGGAUUCAUUGGCCAUUUCCUUGACCAGAAGAGAUUAAAACAAGGCUUGUAUCGACACCCAUGGGAUGAUAUUUCCUAUGUUCUACCCGAACAAAACGAAUAA